AUGCAAUUUCGCUAUAUCACUUUGACCAUCGCCACCGUUAUGGCUCUUGUCUCCAUUACCGAGGCUCGGCCAGUUGCUGUGCCUGAACCUGCUGUAGCAGUGGACGACCUACAAGCGGCACAUGCUCAAAUUGCCCAAAGAAGACACUGGAAGUUCGAUGACGAAAACGAGCGCGACGAAAACGAGCGCGACGAAAACGAGCGUGACGAAAACGAGCGUGACGAAAACGAGCGUGACGAAAACGAGCGUGACGAAAACGAGCGCGACGAAAACGAGCGCGACGAAAACGAGCGCGAUGAGGAGUAG